AUGUCCGACACCACCACCAGCAGUGUCCGGGAAAAGGAGCCCACCACCUCCUCCUCCUCUUCCACCUCCUCUCCUUCACACACCACCACGCGGCCCGUAACAGCCCACAGCACCAGCACCACCACCGACUCAACACGGCCUAACACGGCCGCCUCCGCCUCCGCCUCCUCGGACCCCUUCGCCUCGCCGCACUCCAGCCGCGCGCCCUCCAUCCACCACCAGCCCCCAAGCCCUAGCUCAUCCAAAGUCUCUUUCCCCGACUCGACGUUCAGCGCGACGGCCGCUGCCGCUGCCGUGGCGUCGCGCAGGUCGAUAUUGAGCCAGUCGGGCUUUGCGACGCCGGCGUUCUCCUCGGCUGUGUCGAGCGCUUCGCGGCUCUCGGCGAUCCAUUUGGCGAAUAGCGCUAAUCAUCAUCAUAAUAAUAAUAACGCCAACGCCAACUCCAAUGGUACCGCAAAUGGCAAUGGCAAUGGCACCGCAAACGCACACACACCCGGCGCGCCCAAACCCAAAUUCCCGCGCAUGAAAUCGCACAUGCUGCCCGAAGGCACCGAAGUGUCCAAGCCGUGGGCCGCGAAGAAGAACCCGCGCGCCGUGUUCUCGUACUGGAUCGUCUACUUCAUCAUCUUCAUCGGGCUGGCGGGCGGCGCGGUGCAGUGCUACUUCACAUGGAAGAAUGUCGCGCUGGACACGGCGCCGCUGUGUUUGGUCCUCGAGGAGAACUUUGAUAGCGAGGAGGGCGUGUUUGGUGAGAAUGGCACGUUUUUUAGGGAGGUCAAUAUGGAUGGGUUUGGAAACGGCGAAUUCGAAAUGACCACCUCCUCACGGAACAACUCCUUCGUGCAAAACGGCAACCUCUACAUCGUACCAACCCUCACAUCCGACAACAUCGGGAUGGACGCAGUAAUGGACGGCACAGUGUACAACAUCACAGACUGCACAUUCAACCUCACCCGCCCCGACAACGGCUUCGUCACCCUCGACGGCGUACGCCAAUUCGACUGGGCAUCAUAUUAUCGCUCGUGUAGUGCUGUGAGCAAUAGGACGGCGGGGACGGUGAUUAAUCCGGUGCAGAGUGCGCGGUUGACGACGCAGAGGAGUGCGAGUAUUAAGUUUGGGCGGGUGGAGAUUAGGGCGAAGAUGCCGAAUGGAGAUUGGUUGUGGCCUGCGAUAUGGAUGCUCCCCCGCGACAACGUGUACGGUCCUUGGCCUUUGAGCGGCGAAAUUGACAUCGUAGAGUCGCGCGGCAACGGGAUACGGUAUACCGCUCACGGCUCGAACUUCGUCCAAGGCGCGCUGAACUGGGGCCCGGCGCAGAACCUGAACGGCGCUAGCAAGUCCUACAGCUGGUGGACGGACAAGCGCAAGUCGUUCGCGGCGGAUUUCCAUACGUAUGUGUUGGAGUGGACGCCUACGUUCCUCCGGAUAUCAGUCGACACGCGUCUGCACACGCUCCUCGACAUGCGCUUCAACGAGCCGUUCUUCAAGCGCGGCCAGUUCCCGGACGUCAUCAACAACGGCUCCAGCCUCGUCGCGCUCGAAAACCCGUGGAUUAACGGCACGAACGCGACGCCUUUUGAUCAGGGUGCGUCUGUCCUUGGUCUGUAUCUCGGAAGAGUGAAGCUGACCUUGACAUCAUUGUACAUCACAGAAUUUUAUUUGAUUCUGAAUGUGGGCGUUGGCUCGACGAACGGGUGGUUCCCGGAGGGACAAGGAAACAAGCCGUGGCUUGACCGUGCACAAAACCCGCCACACGAUUUUGCGGCGUCGCUUGCGCAGUGGUAUCCCACUUGGCCGUCGAAUGUGGAGGACCGUGCUAUGGUUGUGUACGUCCACAUCUCUCAUCUGUAUGAUUUUUGCGGAUUUUUUUUUGCUUACUGA